AUGGCUGCUGCUGAAGUCGGGGAUAGAUUUUGUGGCUCUCUUAGCUCUGUCCUGGUAACUGCUGCCUGUGCGCGGAUAUGUCUUCAAGCUCGUUCAUCUUCCCGCCUGCGUCUCGCAUCGUGUAUGAUGUACGUCCUGCGUCUUUACGUCAAAAGUGGUGCAACUUUUAAUUGUCUGCGCGUUGGCAUGGAAACACCUGGACACCCCAUAGAAGAACCAAUCAGCAACAAGCAUUUAUUUGCUGUCCCGCCAGGUGUCAGACAGAUGGAAUUCGACAUCAUUGGACCUACAUUAAUACAUGCCGCAUUGGGGUCUACCAUCGCGGUCAAAGCAAAAUACAAAUUCUGUUGCGUUGGGAUUUACUGUCCUCAAUGUACAAUAAAAGUGGAAUUCCUAGCUUUUGGAAAAGCGCUUUUGGUGAGCGAUGGUCUGCGUUUCACAUGCAAGGAUAUAGUGUUUAUGACCACCUUAGAGGCUGUUGUUCAACCGGGCUUAUAUCCACUAGAGGUUGCCUACUCCUUUGUGAACGAGAGCGCUGUCAUGGUAACAAAGAAGCAGGUUGGCGAGAUUCGGGUUACAGUUGCUUGUCUACAAAAUCUCACUUUUGGGGAUGGCCUUCAAGAAUGGUUUCAAAUCGGCUGGAAAAUAGGUUUCUUCAGAAAGCUUUAUAAAGGGCCCUACGCAUAUAUUUCUGAACCUGUUGAAAGCCGACUUGAGAGCCCGAUCCUGGAAUGGAAGCCUUUUCAUCGUGUCUCUGGCCUAUGCGUCCGAUUCAGUUAUCUCAUGCCACAAAUCGAGGGCUCGUCAGAGAUACAAUUAUAUCUUAAUUCUACUACGAUCCAGCCCCGGUUAUUAUGGAAGCUCAGUGGUUACCAUGGUAUUGAGUGGUUACCAGGAAGUGUACCAUUGGAUGCGGAACAGGAUACAAAGGUAGAGUUCCUGGGUGUCUCAUCAACUAAUGGAUCAGUUGCUAUAGCGAUAGACGACAUCAUGAUCACAACAGAGAAUUGCACCACAAGCCCAGAGUAUGCUGCGCCUGGUUACAAGUGUGCGUCAUACGAGUUUCAAUGCGCCAGCGGUCAUUGUAUCAGCGGCAGCUCUCGCUGUGAUAGUGAUUAUAACUGCAUGGAUCGUUCUGACGAGGAUGGGUGCAAAUGCUUCACCAAUGAACUUACUUGUUCUUCCGGGCGAUGUAUCCCGUCAAUCAAUUUAUGUGACGGUGUCAAAGAUUGCGAGCACGGUCUCGAUGAGCUCAGAUGCGGUGAGCUCAUUUCAAGUUACCUUGUACUUAAAGCAUUCUUUGCCCUUCUGUUCGUUUGUUUAAUCCCUUGUUAGGACAUUAAAUACCAUAUUUGGGAGUCCGAUUCAA